AUGGCCAGAUUACCGAGAUUUCCCGGUCUACAAUCCCGCCGCCCCAAAAUCAAUGACCCUGCUUUUUCUGCGCAUGGCUCCUCGCAAGUAGACUCUGCAACCCCAGAAAACUCUUCCCCUUCGGUCAUCGGCAAUGAACCAGAUCCCAAGAGAUGGAAGCAAGAGGGUGAGAAUGGAGGGAUUUUAGCUCCUGGGAGCAGAACGGAUAAAUCGAUCUCUGAUCAGCCUGUCGCUAGUUCAGUUGAUACAUCCCUUAGUUUGGGUUUGGGCCCCUGUUCUCAUGCUGCUGAAAAUCAGAAAGAACUCAAGCAGUUAUUUGGAAUUGAUUUGCUUCACACAAAGACAGGCAAUGUCAUGAAUGAAGGAUCUCUGCCGAGUGAUCUGACAGAACAAGAAAAUGCGACUGUGUCAAGUGAAGCGGAAAAACUAGUAGCCAAGCAGAAGCAAAGAGCAGAAAGUGAUUUUGUGCCAAUGCAAAGCACUCGAGAUGCAAAGACUGAACCAUUUACCUCUUCACAUGCUGCUGAAGAUCAGAAAGGCAGCUUUUAUGAAGAUCAGAAAGAGCACAAGCCGUUCUUUGGGAUGGAUUGGCUUCACACUAAGGCAGGCUAUGUCACGACCAAAGGAUCAUUGCAGAGAAUUCCGAAAAAAGAAGAAAAUGCGACAAUGUCAAGUGAAAAAGAAAAACUAGUAGCCAUGCAAAAGCAUAGAGCAGAAAGUGAUUUUGUGCCAAUGCAAAGCACUCGAGAUGCAAAGACUGAACCGUUUACCUCUUCACAUGCUGCUGAAGAUCAGAAAGGCAGCUUUUAUGAAGAUCAGAAAGAACUCAAGCCGUUCUAUGAAUGGCUUCACACAGAGCCAGGAUAUGUCACAAGCAAAGGAUCAUUGCUGAGUCUUCUGAAAGAAGAAGAAAAUGCAACGGUGUCAAGUGAAGCAGAAAAACUAGUAGCCAUGCAGAAGCAAAGAGCAGAAAGUGAUUUUGUGCCAACGCAAAGCACUCGAGAUACAGAGACUGAACUAUUUCCCUGUUCUCAUGCUGCUGAAAAUCAGCAAGAACUCAAGCCGUUGUUUGGGAUUGAUUUGCUUCACACAAAGGCAGGCUAUGUCACGAACGAUGGAUCUCUGCUGAGUGAUCUGAAAGAAGAAGAAAAUGCGACCGUGUCAAGUGAAGCGGAAAAACUAGUAGCCAUGCAAAAGCAAAGAGCAGAAAGUGAUUUUGUGCCAAUGCAAAGCACUCAAGAUACAGAGACUGAACUGUUUCCCUGGAUAAUGAAAAGGGCGCUGAUCCUCAUGCUACUUUGGGAAAAGUUCAUUCUUAUUCAUCACACUCAGAGUGGGAAGUUGGUUCACAUUACUCAGAAUUGGAAGUUGGUUCACAUUGCUCAGAAUCAGAAUCUGAAGACACUGAUGAGAAGAUGAAGAUUCGAGCAAGUCGAGAAUAUCAUAGGAGAGAAACAUCGGAAAGUGCAGUUUUGCAAAUGCGGAACACUGCAGAGCCAGAGGUUGAACCCUUUUCCGUGGAAGUAAAUGAAGACACUGCUUCUGACGAAGUUCAUUCAUAUUCCUCAGAACAAGAAUAUGAAGUUGAUUCAGAUUGCUCAGGUCCGGAAUAUGAAGUUGGGGAUAAAAAGGCGAGGAUAGAAGCUAGUCAGAAUAUAAUGAUAUUAUACACAUACCAAAGAUGAAAAAGGAAAGUUCUUCACAUGCUACUUUGGAUGAUGCCAAUGCCUUAAUUGAUAUGUUAGGUGGCAGUGGAAAACGAGAAGGCAGACCAUCAGAAGGAUGGGGUGCAAUUAAAUAUGACUCUAUAGUCGACCAUCUCAUUAAGUCCAUAAAAAAAUCUAACAUUGAAAAAAUGGGAAUAUAUGGCAGAAAUGAGGUUGCAAAAGCUAUUGUCAUUGAAGCUUUGAAGGAAUCAGCAAUUUUGAGAAAUUUAUUUGAUAGAGUCAUCUGUGUUACUGUUCCUCUGAACUGCGACAUGGAAAAGGUGCAAAAGGAGAUUGCUGGACAAAUAUCUUGUGAUUUAACUGAAGCCAAUGCAGUUGAUAUGCCACAUUCGGUGGUGAAUGCAUUGGAAGGCCUCAAGUUUUUGCUCAUUCUUGUUGGCGUUAACCAACACAUGAAGCUAGAGACAUUGAGGAUUCCUGAAGCAACACCACCAGUUGGUAGCAAGAUAGUCUUUGUGACUAGAUCAGGACAAUUGUGCGAUGAAAUCGAAGUGGAUAAGAAAAUAUGCUUGGAUGAUCUGUUGCUGUACGAAUUAUUUCGUCAGAAUGUGGGUGAAGUUGUUUAUUAUUCUAAAAAGCCAUAGCUAGAGAAAUAGUUAGGAUGUGCAGGCCAUAUUCACGUGCUGUUAUUCUAGUGGCAAGGGCACUGCAAAAUGUUGAUGACAUUUUAAUCUGGAAACAUGUGCUUGAAAGACUGAAUGUUCGACCUACGAGUCAUGAAGUAGGUAUAGAAACUCUUAUGGUUAAUGUAUUAAGAUUCUGCAUUGACCAACUAGAAGAUGAUAAAACUAGAAGAUGCUUGAAAAAUCUUGCUCUUUGUAACAAUUACCAUGAGAUUGCAUCUGAGUCUGCCAUAGGCCUAUGGGUCAGAGAUGGUAUCGUAGACGCCCAUGAUGAAGGCCAAAAAGUCCUAAAAGAUCUUGUCAAUGCUAGCCUGCUCCAAGUUGAUGAGAAUCGACAAUUUGUGAAGUUUCAAGACCAGGAUCAGGAUAUAUUAGUGAACUUAAUAUUUCAGCUCGAGGAAAAUCGUGUGUUUCUGAUGCGAGGUGGCUUGGAUUUGAUAGAGCCACCAGAGGUUGAGGAAUGGGAGAGUGCAAAAGAGAUUUGUUUGAUGCAUACCGCAAUUUCUGAGCUACCGAAGGAACCAAGGUGCCCUUCACUUUCGUCGUUAUAUCUGCAAAGAAAUUACAAGCUAAGAAAGCUUUCUUCUUCAUUUUCAAUCAGAUGCCUGCUCUAGAAGUAUUGAAUCUGUCUAGAACCCGCAUUCGGUGCUUGCCGGAGUCCAUAUCUCAACUUGUCGGCCUCAAAAGACUCUUCUUGAAUGAUUGUGUCCUAUUGAGAUCGAUAUCGCCAGCAAUUGCAGGGCUCAAGCGGCUGGAGGUAUUUGAUCUUGAGGGGACGAAGAUUAAGAAUCUUCCCAGGGAAAUUGAAUGUUUAAUUAAUUUGACUUGUUUGGGAAUCUCAAUUUCUGGAACUGAACCUUUUAGUGACUCGAAAACAGUGAUUCCUCAUGGGGUAAUAUCUUCUCUAUUGCACUUGGAAGAACUGAAUCUAGAUGUGGAUGCCAAUGCCGAAUGGUGGGAUACAUGUGCUGAAGGUGUUUUAUCUGAAGUUUGCAACUUGAAAAGGUUAAGCACUUUCAAAUUCUCCUUUCCUACAUUGGAACUUUUGAGGCAGUUUAAUCAGCUAAGGAAA